AUGGCGGAGGAUGAAGAUGGUGUUUCUAAUAAAAAAUCGCCACAAAAUUCAAACAAUGCAGAGUGCUCCCAAGAGAGUGAACAAAAUACUACAAAGCCUGACCUAGGUAUCGAAGAAUCAAAGUACAAUAGCAAAGAAAAUGGUCACGCGUCGCCCUCUGAACCCAAUUGUUCCUCGUACAAGGCCACUGGAGCAGUGCGAAAAGAAGAAAACCCAUUUUCCUUUCGACAUUUUCUCAAACGGGAUCUGUCGUUGCCAGGCAACUCAACAUACGAGAAUACAGGUGCUAGACCUAAGGUUUAUGCGAACACAGUGCAACAUUCACCUACUAAAAUUGAUGUUCACUCGGACUCUAGACGGGACAAAAGUCGUUUGAUCGAUAACCAAACCAAAGAAAAAGCAAGCGAGGGCAUUAGCCAGCGUGUCAGUGAUAAUACACCUUCAAAUAGUUCUAUGAAUGAACCGUUUAGUGUAGUAGAAAAUUCAAAUUCUAAUAACCUUUAUUCAAAUAAUUCGGAUGCACCCUUCUAUCACAGACCAAAUUUGGCUUCAGAACCUAUGGGUAUACCUUCUCUGCCUGAUUUUGUUCAAGAUCACAUUUUAGUGGAACAGGCUUACUUAAAUUCAAAUGGACCCAUGUCAUUGGAUUUGGAUAAUCUGCCUGACUUCACAUUCAACACUAAUUUUAACACUGGAUCCUCUUCGUCUUCAAGUAGGAGAAAUGAAAACAACUACAGGGGAAAUAGAGGCUAUAAUUAUGAACCAUAUAUGGGAGCAUCCACAUCAUCUGAAUCAGGACCAUCUAACCGAAAUGUACCCUUAGAUUUACCAGCCAGUGCAGAGGCUGCAGGUCCUGUACCAAUAGAUCAUCAUAUGCACCUUAGCUUGGAUCUUACUGAAUCUGUUAACCCAUCAGAUAGAAGAAAUAUGUCUCCAAGAAACACCUUCCCUUUGGAUCUGCCUCCAAAUGCAGGAGCAGAAUCCAAGCGAUUACCAGAUUUCCUGCCCGUGCACCCUGGACGCACAUCACCUGAGCCUGAGCAUCAGGAUGAACAGUUACAGCAAAUAAUGUCUGAGUUGGAAAGGACUAGGUCAGAGUUGUUUGCGGAGCGCAGCCGGCGCGGCCGCGCGGAGGAAGAGGCGGCACGAGCGCGCGCGCGCCUCGCUGCCCGGGAGCGCGACUGCGCGCUUGAAGCACACACAGGGCCGGCGGAUCCUGAAGCUGUUGCAAUAUUAAAAAAUGAAAUAAAGAAAUUGAAGGAGCAGUUGCGCGCUUCGCAAGAAGAAGUUCGUUCGCUGCGAAGCACACAGGCCGGCGCUGCUUCCGACUUGCGGCACGCUUCGCGCGUCGCCGAAACUUCGCUCAGAGAGCUCCUGGCAGGACUAGAGCAUCUAAAGACAUUGAGUUCCACGCUCGAUCCAACAUGA